AUGUCGUUCGCCAAAGCAUUGUCGCCUGCACUGCGGGAAGUUCGUAUUCUCUGCUGCCAGACAGGCGCAGGCUCAGCGGGGACAAGGCAGUUUAUUGCUUCAACAUACCCGACUCUGAAACAACACAACCCUGACUUGCCUAUCAUGAUUCGGGAAGCGAAGGGCACGCCUGCACGGGUGUUUGCGCGAUUCGAACGGGGUGUGGAGAAGCACGUCGAGGUGGACAACCUCUCGGAGAAGGACGUCGCAUCGAGAAUAGCGCAGCUCCUGAGCCUAUCAUGA